AUGGGUAAAUUCAUGCACGCCUGCGAGGGAGAGAUGGUAUGCGAGUCCAUCAACCCCAAGGUGCCGCACUUCAACGCGCAAAUCUUCCUCGAGAACAAGACGGCCGUGGGCAAGGUGGACGAGGUCCUCGGCCCCAUCAACCAGCUCUACUUCACCAUCAAGCCGACCGAGGGCAUCCAGGCCACCUCCUUCAAGGAAGGGGACAAGUUCUACAUCGGUGGCGAGAAGCUCCUCCCCCUCGAGAGGUUCCUGCCCAAGCCUAAGCCUCCGCCCGGUGCUGCCAAGCCCAAGCGUGCCGGCGGCGGCGGUGCCGGUCGUGGCCGCGGCGGUGCCGGCGGCUUCGGUGGCCGUGGCGGUGGCGGUCGCGGCGGACCUCGCGGUGGAUUCGGCGGCCGUGGCGGUGCCGGUGGUCGCGGUCGUGGUGGUAGCGGUUUCGGAGCCGGUCGCGGCGGCUUCGGCGGUGGUCGCGGCGGCGGUGGCUUCGGCGGCGGUCGUGGUGCCGGUGGUGGUGGUGGUGGUGGUCGUGGCCGUGGUGGUUUCAGCGGUGGACGUGGUAGGUAA